AUGGAACAGAACCCCCCUGGUGAACAGUCAGUUCCUCAGGAGGUAACCCCCCUAACACACCAGCAAACACCCCUCAAUGGGGGACUCCCCUCGUCACAUCAAAAAUCUUUGGUCGUGCCCCCAAUCGGAGUGCUCCCCUCGGAGGCUCCACCCCAAGAACCGAUGAUCCAGCUGACACAGGAGGCCUUGAUAGCCUUGAUACGAGAUGCGUCUACACGAGCUGCGGCUCAAGCCGUGGCCCAAUUUGUGGCGCAACAACCAGUGAACCCGCCCCCUCCUUCCCCUCGUAGAAAGGCGCUCCCAGCUGGUCUUAAGGUGUCGAAUCUGUCGGAGUAUGAUGGAACGGGAGACCCACAAGAACACUUAGACAAAUUUUACGCCAAGAUUGAUUGGUACGAUCUAAGUGACGUCGCUUACUGCAAGGUCUUCCGCACUACGCUGUCAAAACGCGCAUUAGCCUGGUUCAACCAACUGCCUGCUGUAACUAUUUCUAGCCUCGAGCAAUUGGUUCAACGUUUCUUGCACCACUUCUCCAUGAACAAAAAGGUCCCAAAAACGGGGGCAUAUCUAUUUACUAUCCGUCAGAGGCAAGGCGAGACUCUGAGAGAUUUCAUGCAAAGGUUCGUAGAUGCAGUGCAUGAGGUUCCUCAUGUUAACCAAGAGUUGUUAGCUAGUAUUGUCCAACAGAAUCUACAACCGGGAAGAUUCAAAGAGUCUAUAGCAGGCAAGCCCCCUAGCGCUAUGGAAGAUUUACUCGUGCGCUCCCAAAAAUACAUCCGGAUUGAGGAGUCUAAUGCUUUGGAUCCUUCCCUUAGCGGCAAAAGGAAGGGUCGAGAAGAGGAAAAAGAGCCGAAAAAGAAAGAGGAACGCAAGCAUGUGCCUCCGGUGGGGUUUGCUCACUAUACCCCCUUGAAUGCUCCUAGGGGGGAGAUAUUAAUGGUGGCGGAACAGCAAGGACUAAUCAGUCAAUGGCCGACAAAGAUGAAAGAUAACCCUAAGAGACUCAAAUCCGACAAAUAUUGUCGUUUUCACCGAGACAGGGGACACACGACGGAGGAAUGCCAUCACCUGAAGAAUGAGAUAGAAAAAUUGAUCCAGCGGGGACACUUAAAGGAGAGAAAACUCGAGUAG